AUGCGGACGUAUAUCACGCAGGAAACAGUGAUCAAAUUACUCCAUUCCCACGCAGACAUGAUCAAAUUGAAUCCACUGGUCACCAAUUUCCAAACAUGCGACCCUCCAACAAACAGCCCAGCAGAUGAGCAUGACUUCAUCUGGUACGAGAUUACCGACAAGGUUGCCUAUCUGCCAUGGAAUCUUCUUUCCGGAGAAGUCACUUUCAAAGCAUCUUUUUGCGAUCUUCCAAUGGGGCUGCGGACGCAUAUUUACGCUCCGAUGGGCUUGGAUAUGAAAGAGUGUUGGAGUGUUGAGAGUAUGAGCACGGAUCCUACAGGUGCAGAUACAGAAACUCAAACAGAAACAAUCACGCCUGGUCGUGGUCUAGCAGGCUCGAGUGAAGGAUUGUGUUUGAGAGAAGACAUUGAUAUGCAAUGCAAUAUGUUGAUGACCUGGUUUGUUAAGAGGACUUUGAAAGAAGCACAUACCACAUUGAUAGACCAGUUGGUUUUGAGAUUUAAUCAAGGGGAUUACUAG